UCUCACACCCUCACCCUCACCCUCAGCGUGGCGGAGGACCCGUUCUGGAGAAGCGAUGCCAUCUCUCUCUGCUUCCUCAGGCUGGAGUCGAUCGGAGCAGGAUGAACUUGUCUUUCUCCAGUUCCUUCCUCUUCUGUUCCUCCUUCUCUCUUCUCUUCCUCCUCUUCCUCCUGGCGCCUCGGUGCCAGACGCACCCAGAGCCGUGCCACCUGCUGGCAAGAAUCGGGCACACAUUGCGCCUGGGCGCUCUGCUGCCCACCCGCCAGCCCGCCCGCGUCCAGGCGGCGCUCGGCCGGGCUCUGCUACACCUGCAGCACGCGCACUCCACCCUGCUGCCUUACAACCUGAGCGUAGAGGUGGUGUGGGGUGGUCCGCGGCGGGCAGGAGACCCCGAGACGGCGCUCAGGUGCGUGUGUGAGGAGCUGGUAGUGAACGGCGUGUCGGCUGUGUUGGCGUUCCCACAGAGCCGAGAUGAGCUCCUGCAGGUGGAGUUCAUGGCCACGUUUCUGGAGAUUCCCUUCAUCAGCAUCAUCGAACAGGGAGAACCAAUCAGGACACAGAACCGUUUCCACCUGCAGAUGACUACGAGGGUUCCCCCAUCCGGCCUGGCGGAGCUGCUGCUAGCUGUGUUGGUUAGGGAGGGGUGGCAGGGUGGUGCUGCUGUUCUCUGCCCCGGAUCGGAGGAUUCUGGGAUAUUAGAGCACCUCCAGCAGCAGGGCAGGAUUGGGCUGAACGGGGCACAUUGGCACCUUUGGGAAACACUUAACCUCUCCCACCGACAGAGGGCAGCAGAGAGCCGAGAGGAAGAGGAUAAUGGGGAAGAAGAGGUGACCGAACUCCUCUCCCAGCUCUUGAGCCGGACCCCCUCCGCGCUGGCCUCCAGCAUCCUCCUGUUUGGCUCUGACCCAGAGUGCAUGGCCACCGUCCUGCGGGGGGCAUCCCAGCUCAGCCUGACCCUACACCCCACGCACUGGAUCAUGGGGUUCCCCCUCAGUCUGGACGCUCUGCACUCUAUCGGCUCCCCGCUGGGCCUGCUGGCCUACGGAGAGGUCAACCGCAAACCGCUCAACUUCUACAUCCGCGACGCGCUGCAGCUGAUCGGCCGAGCCGUGUUUGCCGCCACGGCGAUCAGACCCGACCUGGCGCUCAUACAGAACGUGGUCAACUGCUUCGAUAAGCCCAAUAAACAUGAGGUUCCCUCCUCUGGACAGUACCUGGCCAGAUUCCUGUCCAAUACGUCAUUUGAUGGUCUAACAGGUCAAAUUCAGGUUCAGCAUUAUCGCUCCAGGGUCCUAACCACCCAGCGCUUCCACAUAUGGAGCCUGCAGAGGGAUGCUAUGGGUCAACCAAGUUGGGUGACCGUGGCUGGCUUUCAGGCUGGCCACCUGGAAGUGGAAGAACAGGGCCUUUGGCCUGGAGUGACCCAGCGCGUGUCAGAUGAAAGCCCGGGAAUCCAUCCUGGAGGGCGCUGGCAGCCUGGACUUCCGGUGGCUGGCAGCAGACUUCGUGUUGUGACCUUAGUGGAGCAUCCGUUUGUUUUUACAAGAGAAGUGGAUGAUGAUGGUCAAUGUCCGGCUGGCCAGCUGUGCUUGGACCCUCAUACCAACAGCUCGGAUGUUCUAAACCACCUUUUUAGGGAGCUGGAACAAGCGAAUAGCAGCAGCAGCAGCAACUUCAUCCCCUCUGAGAUCCGCAAAUGCUGCUACGGCUACUGUAUAGACCUUCUGGAGAAGCUAGCGGAGGACAUGCAGUUUGAGUUUGACCUCUAUAUCGUGGGUGACGGUAAAUAUGGAGCGUGGAAAGGGGGCAGAUGGACAGGCCUGGUGGGGGACUUGCUCAGCGGAGCGGCCGACAUGGCCGUCACAAGCUUCAGCAUCAACUCGGCACGUAGCAAAGUCAUCGACUUCACCAGCCCUUUCUUCUCCACCAGCCUGGGCAUUCUGGUGCGAAGUAAAGACACAGCCGCCCCAAUUGGGGCCUUCAUGUGGCCUCUGCACUGGUCGAUGUGGGUUGGGAUCUUUGUGGCGCUUCAUAUAACAGCUCUUUUCCUCACGCUGUACGAGUGGAAUAGUCCCUUUGGCAUGACGCCGCAUGGACGAAACCGCGUCCGGGUCUUUUCCUACUCAUCUGCGCUUAACCUCUGUUACGCCAUCCUGUUUGGCAGGACGGUGGCCAGCAAAACGCCGAAGUGCUGGACAGGACGCUUUCUGAUGAACCUCUGGGCUAUUUUCUGUCUACUGGUCCUGUCCAGCUACACAGCUAACUUGGCAGCGGUCAUGGUGGGAGAAAAAACCUUCGAAGAGGUUUCAGGGAUUCACGAUGCCAAGCUCCACCACCCGUCUCUGGGGUUCCGCUUCGGGACGGUUCGGGAGAGCAGCGCUGAGGAUUAUAUGAAGAAAAGCUUCCCCGAGAUGCACGAAUACAUGAGACGCUUCAACAAGCCCACCACGCCAGAAGGGGUCGCCACUCUCAAGACAGAUCCUGCUCAGUUGGACGCCUUCAUCAUGGACAAAGCCCUGCUGGACUACGAGGUGUCCAUAGAUGCUGACUGCAAGCUGCUGACCGUGGGCAAGCCCUUCGCUAUUGAAGGUUAUGGGAUCGGUCUGCCCCAGAACUCUCCUCUGACCCGUAACGUGUCCGAGUAUGUUAGUCGCUAUAAGUCUGAUGGCUACAUGGACAUGCUGCACGACAAAUGGUACAAAGUGGUCCCAUGUGGAAAGAGGGUCUUCGCCGUGACUGAGACUCUGCAGAUGGGUAUCCAGCAUUUCUCUGGGCUGUUUGUGCUGCUGUGUGUGGGCGUGGCCGGGGCAUUACUCUCCCUGCUGGGUGAACACGCCUUCUACCGCUUCAUACUGCCUCACCUGCGCCACCAGCACAGGCUCAGGUACUGGCUCCACACCAGCCAGAAGAUCCAUCGGGCCUUAAACAUGGCAUGUGAUGAGGACAGUAAAGCAGAGGCAGCUAUUACAGACAGAAGCCCCUCUUUAUGUCUGUCAGAAAACUGUAACCUGCACCGCGUUCGCACUGCUGUGCCCACCAUUUCCAUCUCCACCUCCAGCAACUACAGCUCUGCUCCCAGGUGGAACAACGAGAGCACCAAGGCCGAGCUUAAGGAUGCCAAUCACAAGCGUGUCCACUUUAACCUGGAGACCCUAAACAGCUACCGGCUGGACCAGGGCAGGAGGGGUUUGGUGGGCAGCCCCCCGACCCAGCUGUGUGCCAACGGUGGUCCGUCUCCUGGACUCAGCCUGGUUCUCUCCCCGCCGUCUGGAGCCUCUGCACGCCCCUCCUCUCCUUGGGAGCUAGAGCUCCAAGAGCUCCAGGUGAGGAUCGAGGAGUUUCGUGGCCAGCUCAGGGCUGCCCUGGCCAGGAGAGCAGAGCUCCAGAGGACUCUAGAGAAAGAGAGACAGAGCAGGACAGAGGGUCAGAACCGGGGGAUUUCAAACACCAUCCCUGCUGGACACUCUAACUCAUCCACUGCCUCCAAUGUGGCAGCCAAAGUCAUCAACAAGAGGAGAUGAUUAGAGUUUGUAUCUGCAUCAUUACAAGGCAGAGUAAUGGAGCGCAAGCGAAGUGCAAGGUCUGUUUAUGGAGGUUCAUCCAGUACUCAUGGUCAUUAGCAUUAACAUGGACAAAGGCAUAGAAAGACAGGGCUAUCCUGUGCAUAUCUGAAGUGGCUAACAACCUGGACAAAUUAAGGAGUAGCCAGCAGGCAAAGAGUAAGGCUAAACAAACCAGGCUUAAACAUGGGAUCAGGCCAGGGAUUGCAAAGGUGGUGGAAAGCCUUCUCAGAUGAAGCAAGGCUGUUACUGCAGUACAGUGGAGACCAAUACCCCGAUAAUACCCUUGAUUUUGGAAGAAAUCUGAGAUGAGCAGCUGUCUCAAUACAAAUAGUGUACUAGACAGUGAAACAGGUUGUAAGCAGGAGGUCCAUUUAUUGAGGUUCAUUCAGAUCAUGGUGUCUAUUCAUAGCUUGGAUCGAGGCACAAGCAGAUAGGGCUGACCUAGACAUCUUCAAAGUCGACAGAGAGCAAACAGGCGAGGUCAACAACCUGGAGAAACAACUCUGGGCUGCUCUGGCCAGGAGAGCAGAUCUGCAGAUAAAGCCAGGAGCCUCCAACGCAGCAGCCAAAAACAGUAUUGCACAUCUCUGUAGCAUACAAGGCAGUAAAUUGAGACACUGGCAAGCCAAGGUCCUAGAAAACAAAGGAAAGGCUUAAGCAAGUGACUAAAAUUCAACCAGCAACAAAGCCUGGAAAUUGGCAGGAUAGACACACAGUGAGCUCCAGGUGAUAGUAAAGGAGGUUCAUAGCUGCUUAAGGCUUCCUCAGCAUGGAGAGCAGAGCUCCAGAUGAGCCUAGAGAAAGAGAGACAGCCAUGAGUUUUCCAGUCCCCACUGGAUACUCCAGUGUAUAAUAUAUAACAUCAACCGUGGCAGCCAAAGAUGUCAACGGGAGGUCGUGAGAAUCUGUGUCUGUUACAUGCAAGCAAGGGUAGUAGGUGCAAGCGAAGUAGGUUCAAGGCACAGGCAGAGAGGACUAUCCUAGCCAUAUCCAAAGUUGUAAACAACAGAGGAAGACUAAGGCCCAAGAAACCAAACAAGGGAAUUAAAGCAAGGACAGUGCUAGAAAUUGCAAGACUAAUUCAAUAUGGAGCUCCAGGUGAUCUCCUACCAAGGCAACUAGAGCUCCAAAGUUUCCUGGAGAAAGAGAAACAGAGCUGGACAGAGAGCCAGAGAUGCUGGAUUUCCUAAAUGAUCCCUGUUUAAUGCUUGUUUUUUUUUGGUCCAUUAACUAGCUAUACCCAAGCAAGUCUAACUAAGCCCAAGGUCAUAGGAAACAAAGAACAAGGCUUAACCAUGAGACUAGGGUUAAACCAGCAACAAGGCUAGGAAUUAGCUAAACACACAAUGAGCUCUAAGUGAGAAUAGAGGAGGUUCAUAGCUACUCAGGGCAGCUCUGGCUUGGAAGGUGAAAAGAGAAAGAGAAAGUGAGGCAGAACUGUGGGCCUUCCAGUACAGUUGUGCUGGACACUCCAAUCCACCCUUCUUGGCAGGCAAAGGUAUCAACACCAGGAGGUGAGAAUAGUCCACUUCUGUAAAGUGCAAGGCUGGGUAAUAGGGUGCAAGCAAAGUUCUUUUUACUGGGGUUUUUCACACUCAGACAGGACUAUUCUAGCCAUACAGAAAGUCAUACAUUAAGACAUAGACAGGCUAAGGUCCUUGGAAACAAAGAACUGUGAAAGAUUUCAACAAAGGACAAGGUUUAAACACAGGAACAAUCCUUUGAAGUCUAAAUAAAUUAGGAGCUCUAGGUGAGUUCAAAGCUGCUCUGGCUGGAGAAAGAGCCAGACGGACAAAGGGCCACAGAAUUUUCAACGCCAUCCUUCUGGACACUCAUCCUUGAUUUUCUUUCUUUAUUUUUUAAUGCAGUAAUCAUAGUCAAUAUCCAUAGCAUGGUUCUGGGUACCAGCCGACAGGACCAUCCUAAGGCAUAAUCAUGGUCAAAAAGUGAUAUGUCAGCAGAGGAAGUUCAACAAGUAGUAGAAACUUCUAGAAAACAAGAACAGGGAUACAAAUAUAGACAGUAUGAAGUACCGUUAGAUGAGUCUACUUUCAUAGUCAGAAUGACAGGGAACAGAUGUACCACAGUUAGGCCUUGUUCACACAUACUGUGUCUGUGUGGCAUGAGCAAUGCGAAAAGUCUUGCUUUUCAUGUUAACAGGUGGGUGCUUCCACCCAGGCUGUGAGUGCGAAGUGGCAGAGCAUCCCAGACACUGCACUGAAGUUGCACGGUAUUUAGAAAAUAGGCCAUGUGUCCAUUUUUUCAGCGCGCUGUGUGCAUCACGCAGCAAAAUACACUGAAAUGAGCCAUGAAAAUCAAUAAAAAUUAAACAGAUGAUGGUAUAGAAACUUAAAAAUGCAUUUUUUUAUUUAAUUCAAUUCACGAAAAAGUACUAAUUAAACACUCUGUGCUGUAAACAGAUUCCCUGGUUGAUCUACCAGGCUUGAAAUUUUGGCCUAAUCACAAGGUAGAAUGCUGUUGAGGAUAAACAAACAUACUGCACACUUUUUUUCAUAUUUUUUAUGAAAAAUAAUUAGCAUGGAAUUUUAUUGUAAAUAAUUGUUAUCUGUUUUAUUCUCCAUACCCAGCCCCCCAAAAACACAGUUUGCUACAGCUUAAACCACUUUUCCACUGCAUGGUACCAACUUGACUCGACUCUUUUGGUUCUCUGUUAGGCAAAUCUGGUCAUGUUUUUGGUAUCACCUCCAUCGAGGUUCCAAAUAAACUGAGCUCAUACCAAAAGAGGACAUGGAAAAACUGAACUGCUGAUUGGUCAGAGAGAAUAGUCAAUAUCACCCUAAACACACAUGCUAACAUUAGCUACCAGGUUAGCGUAGCCACUUGCAUCACCUUUGAGCACCAGAAUCACCUCGUCAUCUGAACACUGUAGUUUUUCCUAAACUCUCCUGUUUUUGUUUUGUGGUGUGUGUGUGUGUGUGUGUGUGUGUGUGUGUGUGUGUGUGUGUGUGUGUGUGUGUGUCAGCCUCUUCUGAACCAAGCUUGUGUCAUUCACGUCAGGGCAGCUUCAUUUGGCUUUGCUAUGGCAAACGGCUACAUUGA